UGUCGUCAUCGACUUCGUUCCCGCUGCAUUUUUCCGUUGGUUGCUUCUUUGUUUUGGUCAUCAGCUUCGCUCAUUAUUAGCCCAUCACUGGCAUCAGAAGAUAAUAAAUUGCGCCAAAGGCCGCGUAAACCAACCUAGCCUAGCUAUUUUCAUGGAAUAUGCUUCAACCUGCGUGUUAAUCCAAAAUGAACACGGUUAUCAAUCUCAUCGAAAGACAACAUGGGAACCGUUUCUCGGCAGCGUACGAUUCAGCACUAACGCGAUUGACAGUACACGAGCAGGAUAGCUGGAAGGGUAUCAGUCCUUCGGAACUGACGGCAGAUUUCAAUCCGGCUCCUCCGAUUUUGGCAGCAAAAUUUUCGAAAUGUGAAGGGAACGAACAUAUUUUGGCAAUCGCCAAUGAAGAUGGUAAAGUCGCUAUUCAGGAUACGUCUCUGCCGAAUUUAGAACCAGGAGGGGAAAGAGCGCUGGAAGGCGAGCAGUGCCAUCUGAAUGCGGUGUUCGAUGUUGAAUGGAUGCCUGGGGAUAUGAAACUUGUUUCCGCCUCGGGGGAUCACACGGCACGGUUGUGGGCUUUAACCGAAUCCAAACUGGUGAGCAGUCAGGUUUUCAAUGGCCACUCCCGCUCGGUGAAAACGGCAUCUUUUCGACAAACUGAUCCGGCGGUAUUUGCCACCGGAGGGCGAGAUGGUGUGAUUGUUUUGUGGGACAUUCGAGCUCAGCUCGGGUCGAAUUUGGCUCCAAGAGCGGACAGUUGCAUUUUUAGUGGCCAUGCUGGGGGUCCUGGGACGCCGUCGGCCUAUCGUAAGCGAACAAGAGCAACACCAAAGAUACCACCUAAUGGGUGCAGUAGCAGUAUCACGGGUCUGGCAUUUCAGGACGAUAACACGCUGAUAUCUUGCGGGGCUGGAGACGGUAUAAUUAAGGUGUGGGACGUCAGGCGACACUACUCUAGCCAUAACCGAGACCCGUUGCCAAAGUAUAGUUUCCCAUAUGCCGGAAAAACAACCCUCAAAGGUUUUACUAACUUGUUGAUUGACAGCACUCGAAAACGGUUGUACGUGAAUUGUAUGGAUAAUCACAUCUAUUGUUACAACAUUUCAAGUUACGCAGCUCAGCCGAUUCAGCGCUAUAGUGGUUUUAAAAAUGGAACGUUCUAUAUCAAGUCUUAUUUGAGUCCGGAUGGACAGUACCUGAUUAGCGGGUCAAGCGAUGAGAAGAGCUAUAUCUGGAACGUGGACAGUGCAAAUCCGCUAGUGCGGUUGAACGGUCACACCGUUGAGGUAACCAGUGUCGCGUGGAUGCAGAGGUACAACGAUAUCCGAAUUGUAACCUGCAGUGACGAUGCGCGGCACAAAAUAUGGAGAAUCGGACCAGAGCAAAUCGAAGCGGAUGAGAAAGAGCGGUACAAGGGUGAUGCGGAGUACUGCGAUAAUUAUCGUCAGGAAGCAACAAAAAUUAGACUGAAAUCACUAGAGUUCACUCCAAGGUCAAUUAGAAGAAUUGUAGAACAAAACGAAAAAACACCAAAUACGGUCGAGAAGAAAGUAAUUGGUAAGCGGUCCUUUAUGGAAAUGGCUGGUUUUGACCAACAAGAUCCAUCCACUUCCUAUAUCGAGAUUAAGAGACCGAACAUCGAAACACGAGGCAGACGGCUUUUUAGUCCUGCGAACACUAAUAGUAAAUUCUCAGGCUUCGCUGCGCUUGAAAUUGCAUCUACCUCGUCGACCUCUCGAAGUCUCAACACAAUCCUGGAGGAAAGUGACGAAAAAUCAUCGAACUGUAAGUCACCUCUCACUAUGUCUGAUUUGAAUCUGAAAUCAUUAGACUCUACGGGAUUCAAACUAACAAACGGGAUGUCUUCGCCAACAAGCAAUUUACCAAACUUUGUUAUCGACGGUGAUGCUCCUCAUCUAGUGAAUGUGAACAGCAGUUGUAGCAAUAAACGGAAGCUGAAAGAAAACGUCGACUGGCUAACGAAAAUCCGGAAGCAAAAACUUUUGCAAGCAGCCAAAUCGAUCGAGCCAUCAGCGUCCGUUUCUGAAGACGUAAGCCUGCUGUUAUCACCUCGUCUGCAGAUGCUGAAGACAUCGGAUGAAAAUCCUUCCACAAGUCAGCAACCUAGUACACCUUGCAGAAGAAACGUACGCUGCGGUUCGAUUGAUGGUGCACAGCAACCGAGGACUCCUCGAAGCAGAAGGAACUCUGUGAGCAGCCAGGGACCAAGCACGCCAGAGAUGUCUAUAUUGAGAUUCUUCACAGUUACGACACCGACUGGUAGUAAUGGUAGUAGCGGUACGGUAAACUUUUAGGGAGGCCAUUUCGACGACUUUAUUCGCGAUUUCAUACACAUACGUUUCCUACUUCGGUGGCUAGUUAGAGCAAAUUAGCAAGAAUGAAGAUAUUUUUUUCUUUAGCUUUCGAACUACUUAUUUUUUGUUGAACUUAAAGCUUCAACGGACUUUCCUACUAAUAUUGCAUCCAAAAGUGCACAUUUUAUUAGACCUAGGAGAGAAAUGUAUUGGGCAUAUCUUGACUGAUGAACUUUGUUUCUACUUGAUUUUAUAUGAAUUGAUAACAAAUAUAAAGAUGUCAAAGCAGCCACCCUUUUCUUACGAAGGCAAUGGAAUGCCAACUUGUGUACAUAUGGAAUAAACAAUUUUUGACCAAAAAGAGAAUAUAA